GCGACCUCCGACCCCGCUCCUGGCCUUGGCCUGGGCCUUCCUGCUGGCCUUGACCCCUGCAACCCCCUCGGCCCCCUCCCCCGCCGUCCUGCGCUUGGGCCUCCGGACCACCGACCUGGGCGCCCGGCUCUUCCGCGAGGCCACGUCCGCCCCCUCCUCCCGGCACCGGAACCUGGCCUUCUCUCCUCCGGGCGCGGCCUCAGUGCUGGCCAUGCUGCAGGCCGCCUCCGCCGGAGGGACACGAAGCCAGAUCGAGGCCGGCACCGGAUUCCGGCUGCGAGAGCGUGGGGUCCCCAGGGCCCUUCGGCAGCUCCAGAAGGCGCUGACGGAUCACCGGCUGGAGGAAGAGGCGGACUUGGCUGCGACCGUGUCCACGGCGGACGCCCUCUUUGUCCAGCGGAACUUGGCCCUGAAGCCUGGGUUCCUGCCGAGGUUCCAGCGGAUCUUCCGCCAAGCGGUCAAGCAAGUGGACUUCACGGAGCCGGACCAUGCUCGCAGCAUCAUCAAUGACUGGGUGGAGCAGCACACUGAGGGCAUGAUCCAGGGCUUCCUGCGCGAAGGGCUGCUUGACCAGCUGACCCGGCUGCUACUGGUGGACGCCAUCCACUUCCAGGGCCAGUGGGCGCUGCCCUUCCCGGAGGCCUCCACCCGGCAAGGCCUCUUCCACAAGCCGGACGGCAACACCGUCUCCGUCCCCAUGAUGCAGCAGACUGCCCGGUUCAGCUACGGUGAAUUCUCCACUCCUGAGCACAUGGAGUAUGACGUCAUUGAGCUUCCCUACCAGGGGGAGGCCCUCAGCAUGCUCAUUGCAGCCCCCUUCGAGGUGGACGCCCCGCUCUCCGCCCUGACCGCCAUCCUGAGUGCCCAGCUGGUGGACCAAUGGAAGAGCAACAUGACGCAGGUCACUCGCCUCCUGGUCCUGCCCAAGUUCUCCUUGGAGAGCGAGCUGGACCUGAGGCGCCCCCUGGAGGCGCUGGGCAUGACCGACAUGUUUGACGCCCGCAAGGCCAACUUCCGCAGCCUCUCAGACCAGGAGCCCCUCUUUGUGGCCCAGGCCUUGCAGAAGGUGAAGAUCGAGGUGAAUGAGAGUGGGACCAAGGCCUCUGCGGCCACAGCUGCCAUUGUCUAUUCCCGAAUGGCUCCCCUGGAAAUGGUUCUGGACAGGCCCUUCCUCUUCUUGGUGCGACACAACCCCACAGGCACGGUGCUCUUCAUGGGGCAAGUGAUGGAACCCUGAGGGACCCCAAUGGCCUGGCCACCUCGCAGCUGGAGGACCCCUCUCUUCCCUCCUGUCUUCAGAGCGGAUCCAGUCCUGGCCUCCCACCUGGCUGCCCAAUAGUGAGGCUUGAGUUGACCCUUUGCCUCCAAAGACCCAGGCCCGGUUCUCCUGGAGGCGCUUCCUCCACCUGAGCCUUCCUUGCAUCCCACCAGCAACCCAGAAUGACUUUUUAUGCAGCCAGAUGUAUCCUCAGAAAUACCCCCUCCAUGCAAAGCUAGUCUUUUGAAUAUUUUGCGGGGGAUGAGGCACUGCUAUUGGGAGGAAGAAACUGCUGGGCGAAGCAGACCGGGCACUGGAGCCAGAGACCACAACAAUGUUUACAUGGGGCAGGCCAGACAUCCAUCCUUUUGUGUGUUUCUGCCCAUGUGACUUGAGGGCAAUGUCAUUCUCCCCUUUGGGGAGGGGCUUCCUGUUCUCUUGCUGGAAAUGAACAAUGGGGUUUGGGGGGGGGGUCCCCCCUUUACCUUGAAUAGGAAUGUUUCUGCUUCUCUUCCUCCACCAGCAGCAGAGCAGAGGAGAGAGAAACAGGCAGGACUCCGCCUUUGACAAUGAUUCAUCUGUUUGCACUGCGUACCAUAUUUACCUUGAGGUGUGUGUGAGAGAGUGAGUGUGUGUGUGUGAGAGAGAGGGGGGUACCCAUGCCUAUAUUGGGGAACCCUUGACUGGACCUCCAAGUGUGGUCUGCAAAGAGGGGCUCAGGCAUGGAAUCGGGGGGG